AGGAGCGCGCCAGGCAGAAGGCGGCGCAGAAGGCCGAGAGGAAGCGGCAGGCCGAGGAGGAGGAGAAGCGCCUCGCGGACGAGAAGAAGGCCUUCUCGCCGGAGGACUUUGCGGCGCUGCAGUUGCUGAGGGCGGAGGUGGCGCACCCGAGGGAGGAACCGGAGAGUGCUGACGAGGACGAGGACGACGAGGCACUCCUGGAGAAGGAGAUCCAGCGCGUAAAGAAGGAGGAGGCCGACCGGCUGAAGAACCAGGGCAAGCCCAAGACCAUGGCGGAACUCAUGAUGCAGGUCGAAGGCAUCCCGGUCAUGGACGAGGCCUUCGCCGAGCAGGCAAAGAGGCCAUUGCAGGAGCGGCAGCGGUCGGCCCUCAAGGAGAAGCUGCAGGCGCGCCGGGAGAUGAACCACCUCGGGCGCCUCGUGAGGGCCGCAUGACGCUACCCGCGCUGGCCGCGCGCGCGCCUUCCGCUCCUGUCCGCGUCCCCUGGCCUUCGCCCUUCCCUCCCCCGCCCGCCCGCCCCCUCCGCCUCCCCCUGCCUCGUGUUCUCCGACGGCCGCUCGGCGGCCGUCCCCCCCUUUGUUGUUGUUUUUUUAAACCGCCCCGCGCAGAUCUCGGAUAUCCGAGCGGGGCCCCGUGCUUCGAGGGUAAAA